CUCUGGGGUAAUCAAUGUGCAGAGAUGCAGUCUAGGAUACUCUCUGUGGCCUCUGGCUCGUCACCAUUGGAGACAAUUCUUCAGCUCAGUUCUGCUGCUGUCAUUAUUUUCGAACACUCUUUCUACAUUUUCGACAAGCAGCGCUAUCUUAAGGACCGGCAGCGGCCUGUUCCCUCUCAUAUGAAGGCUCUUGAUCAGUACAUGGCAUCUCCGCAUGCAGCUGCCGUCAAGGAAGGUGUCAACACUACCGUCAUCGCUUAUCAAGAGGCUGUAAGCACUGCUGUUCAUGCCUAUCAAGAAGCUGUGAGCGCUGCCGUGUAUACAUCUCAAGGAAACUCGUCUACUUUGAUGGCGAAGUUGCCGUUUGAAUACUUCCAGAGGAAGGCAAAACGAGCUUCUGAACGCUCUCUGGCAAAAGCCAAACGAGCUUUAGACCGUUCUCAGGAGGAAGUGAAACAAUUUGUUUGCUCUCAGGCGAAGGCGGAGUUGUUACAGAGAAUUCUCGAAAUCACUUUACAGUAUCGCCUGCCAAGACCUUAAUGCAACCCAACAUCAAUGGUGUCCGAUUCGGAGUAGAGCUGAGGUGUCUUGGCGGUGAAUGAGGGUUUCUUGAAUGGUCUGUCGAGGUAG